AUGAGAAAACCUAUAUAUUCUAAAGCCCCCACCCCCUCCACGAGUACUCCUUCCUUUGUUGACAACAAGCAGCAUGUGAAUAUGCUCAAAUGAAGAAGAGAUAAAAGCAAUGCACCGAAACAACACAAAAGCCACCUUUUCUUUUGUUGUUUCACUAUGCUUGGUGAAGCGCAGAACAACAGAGUAAAUUGCCCUCGAAUGCAACACAUUUUCACUGGCCGAGUCCCAAAUGGCACGCCAUUCCCUAUGUGCCCUGGUCAAAGGUAGUGCACUAUGCAGGGAAUAGUGUGCCAUUUGGGACGCAUCACUGGUCUUUGAUGUCCACCUCCAAACGGGCUACUGAUUGGAUUUCAUAGCCCACAUUGUCUUCCCUCUUCCCAGUUGUAACCGCUCUGGGCUGAAGUGUCCCCUAAGUACAAAUCUAUGAUCAGCUUCCCCUGCCCCUUCCCCAAUCCUAACCGUCUAUGAAUUUAAGAGUGGUUACAUUUCUCCAGCCCCAUACCUCAGCUUUUUACCGGGAGGGGGGGGGUCCUUUCUUAUUGUUUCUUCUGUGGAUUUCCCCUUUAAGGGUAGGAUUGGGGGAGGGAAAGCUGAUCCUAGAUCUGUACCUAGGGUAAACUUCCUGCCAGAGUGGUCACAACUGGGAAGACAGUAACGUUGACCAUAGAUGUUGAAAAGGUCAGCAUCUACAGUAUGGGCAACUUCACCAUCUUCCCUGAAGAUGAGGUAUGCGGCUGGAUAAAUGUAACCACUCUUAAAUUCAUAGUCAGAGCUAUGGAUGCAAGGACUGACCAUCCAUAAUAUCAACAUUAUAGUUUGAACCAUGUUUGGAGGCUAUACAGUGUUUGUUAACAAACAUUGUGUAUUUUGGGUUCAGAUGGGGUACAAAUCUCAUGAGGCAUUUAUAAGUUAUGUUCUUCAAGAAUCAAUGGGUACAUACAGUAUCAUUAAUUUAUAAAUCCAAAAAUGGAUGUAGCAACAGCAGAUUGCCCCUUUAACCAUAAGUGGGGGUAAUGCAAAACCGACCCAAGAUCAGCGUCCAGAGGCAGCUUUAGGUACAGAUGUAGGAUCAGCUUCCCCUUCCCUAAUCCUAAUUAACCAUUAGUGGGGAAAAUGCAAAACUGACCCAAGAUCAGCAUCUAGGUCUAACUUCAACCUACUCUGUUGUGACUCAUAUUCAGAUGGGCCAAAGGGGGCAGCAUCAUCAGGCAGGUAUCAGGUGACACCUAUGAGGUCAUCGUGGACCACUCGUUCUUCACAGAGCCCGUCUCCUGUGAGGUCACCAAUGCCCUGGGCAGCACCAACAUCAGCAGGAACGUGGAUGUCUACUGUGAGUAGUAGUCCGCAAGCAACACGUGCACGCACGCACGCACGCACGCACACUACUGUGGGUAGUCCGCAAGCAAACAGACUCAGGAACCCAAACUAGCUAGCUACAGGCUGUAGGAAUCACAUCUACCUCUACAUGGAUAGUCCCAAAUAGAUUUGUAGAUGUUAAACUAACUGUCAACGACAUUUCAACUAACUAUCCACUAACCCUCGCCCUAACCUUAAUCCUUACCCUUACCCUUACCCUAACCCUAAACCUAACCCCAACCUUAUCCUUUCCCUCAUGCUAAUCAUAAACUCAACGCUAGCCCUAACCUUAACCCUUACCCUAACCCCAGCAAGUUGUUGUGUAUCAACAGAGUUGCAAUUAUUUGUUUGUUGAUACUGUAGCUUAAGUAUCUGUAGAUCAUCUAUAGGGGACUAUCCAAAUAAAGUGUAACCAUUUCUGUUCCUGUGGUUCCAGUUGGGCCCAGAAUGGCUGCUGAGCCACAGUCCCUACAGGUGGACCAGGGAUCAGAUGCUAUCUUCAACUGUGCCUGUACAGGAAACCCCUCCCUCACCAUUGUGUGGAUGAAACGCGGCUCUGGAGUGGUAGGCAUUGUAAUCACCAUCAUCCUUUUUAUUAUGCUUGUAUUGCCAGUUGCUUAUUGUGCAAGACCCAUUCCCUCUUAACCCUCAUACUACCGACUCGGGUCAUUUUGACCCCAGAGGCACAUCUUUAUAUCAUAGCCCAAGACGUUGUCAAUCAACUUGUUGGUAAUAAAUAUAAAUCAUUGUUUGGUGUUUCUGUAUCAAUAUGGAAUUUUAAACAAUUAUAGUCCUUUAUGGUCAUUUUGACACCAGCUAAAAACACUUAAUUUCGCCUAUAGUAAUUUGAUAGAUCUGACCUUUAUUUGAAUCUAGGUUUCUCUGGAUACAUAAUAACAAUUUAUCCAUACCACCUAAAAUUGUACUUUUCUAUACCACGUAUCGUAUGACUGUGUACAAAACCAAAAUGAUCUUAUUUUUGUUCAUAUAAAAAUCUGCCAAUGGUAUACAAGGCCUGCCAAUGGUAUAAAUACUUGAUAGAACUACAAUGCAGAGCUCAGAUACACUCUGUGUUUUCUGAAAAGUAGUUAUUCUAGGGCAUAUCUAAAGUAUUUAUAUGAAUCCAGGUUUCUUUGGAGACAUAAUAUUAAUAAGUUAUACAUAUAAUCAGAGGGUGGAGGUGGACCUAUUGCAGUGAUCUUGACCUGAUAGACAGAUCACCUGCAGAGAUGGAACACCUGGGGUAUGACCGUGUACAAAAUAUAAAUUACCUUAGAUAUAUGCUUAGUUGCAGUCAUAACAGUUCAUGAAAGUCUGUCAGUGUUAUUAAUACUUGGUAGAACUGUAAUACAGAAACCAGCUACUCUCUGAAUGUAUACAUACUGGUGUAGUGGUGUGUAUUCUCAGAAAAAUAGUUAUUCUACUGCAGAUUUCCUAUAAUACCCUCCAAUGUUCUAUAUGUGCAACUUAUGUUCCUUUGGUUGCUAUAACAUUUGGGUUGAAGUGACUGAGGAUUUGGACAUGCUUUUUGGUGCAUCCAGCCAUAGGUCCUACCACUCCCAUUGUGUCACUAGCAGCGAUGCUGGCAGUGGGGUAAGUAAGUAAAUAAAGAAAAUGAAGCCAUACUUUUGGUAAUUGUCUCUCAGGAUCAAUGGAUAAAUCACUUUUUGUCAAUAUAAUUAAGUAUAUUUCAAAUGUUGGUGUACCGCCCCUUUUUAAAUUCAAAUGUACUUCAAAAUUCUAAAAACUAAAUGAUACUACAAUCAAAUGAUGGUAAAUCUGCUUUUUAUUAUUAGUGUGAAUUGUACUUUGGAAAAAAGCUGCAUAUUAUUUAAGGGGAAAUUUAUAUUUUUGUUUGACAGAAUAUGCAAAUUACUGUAAUUUUGCUAAGAUAAUGGUCUGUUUUGGUUAUUUUAUUUCAGAUAACAUCAUUUACAUCUCUAAUUACACUGAGUGUACAAAACAAUAAGAACACCGGCUCUUUCCAUGACAUAGACUGACCAGGUGAAUCCAGGUGAAAGCUAUGAUCCCUUAUUGAUGUCACUUGUUAAAUCCACUUCAAUCAGUGUAGAUGAAGGGGAGAAGACAGGUUAAAGAAGGAUUUGAGACAAUUGAGACAUGGAUUUUGAUUUUGUAUCUGUGCCAUUCAAAGGGUGAAUGGGAAAGACAAAAUAUUGAAGUGCCUUUGAAUGAGGUAUGGUGUACGGUUUGAGUGUGUCAAGAACUGCAACACUGCUUUCCCGUGUGUAUCAAGAAUGGUCCACCACCCAAAGGACAUCCAGCCAACUUGACACAACUGUGGGAAGCAUUGUAGUCAACAUGGGCCAUCAUCCCUGUGGAACGUUUUCGACACCUUGUAGACUCCAUUCCCAGGCGAAUUGAGGCUUUUCUGAGGGCAAAAGAGUGUGCAAUUCAAUAUUAGGAAGAUGUUCCUAAGGUUUUGUAAACUUAGUGUAUGUUUUCAUAAGAAUUAAGUAGAUAUUUUGCUAUGAUUGUUGCUUUUUCCAAUACUAUCUUCUUGGGGUCAAAAUGACCCCAGUUCAUAAUCCAUGGAUGUAAAAUAUGUUGGUAGUAUGAGGAUUAAUGCCAAUAAAGUAUUAUAUUAUAUUCUACAGUGCCUUCGGAAAGUUUUCAGACCCCUUUACUUUUUCCACAUUUUGUUAGGUUACAGCCUUAUUCUAAAAUUGAUGAAAUUGUUUUUUUUUACUCAUCAAUCUACACACACAAUACCCCAUAAUGACAAAGCAAAAACUGUUUUUUAGAAAUGUUUACUAAUGUAUUAAAAAUAAAAAAAACUGAAAUAUCAUAUUUACAUAAGUAUUCAGACCCUUUACUCAGUACUUUGUUGAAGCACCUUUGGCAGCGAUUACAGCUUCGAGUCUUCUUGGGUAUGAUGCUAAAAUCUGGAGCAGGUUUUCAUCAAGGAUCUCUCUGUACUUUGCUCCGUUCAUCUUUGCCUCGAUCCUGACAAGUCUCCCAGUAAAACAUCCCCAUAGCAUGACGCUGCCACCACCAUGCUUCACCUUAGGGAUGGUGCCAGGUUUCCUCCAGAUGUGACGCUUGGCAUUUAGGCCAAAGAGUUCAAUCUUGGUUUCAUCAGACCAGAGAAUCUUGUUUCUCAUGGUCUGAGAGUCUUUAGGUGACUUUUGGCAAACUCCAAGCGGGCUGUGAUGUGCUUUUUAUUGUGGAGUGGCGUCCGUCUGGCCACUCUACCAUAAAGGCCUAAUUGGUGGAGUGCUGCAGAGAUGGUUGUACUUCUACAAGGUUCUCCCAUCUCCACAGAGGAACUAGAGCUCUGUCAGAGUGACCAUCGGGUUCUUGGUCAUCUCCCUGACCAAGGCCCUUCUCCCCCGAUUGCUCAGUUUGGCCGGGCGGCCAGCUCUAGGAAGUGUCUUGGUGUCACUGUGUUCUUGGGGACCUCAAUGCUGCAGAAAUGUUUUGGUACCCUUCCCCAAAUAUGUGCGUCAACACAAUCCUGUCUCGGAGCUCUACGGACAAUUCCUUCGACCUCAUGGUUGUUCUUUGCUCUGACAUGCACUGUCAACUGUGGGACCUUAUAUAGACAAGUAUGUGCCUUUCCAAAUCAUGUCCAAUCAAUUGAAUUUACCUGUCACGUUCGAACCAAGGUGCAGCGUGGUAUGCGUACAUAGUCGUUUAUUUUAAUAAACACCGACAAAAUACCAAAAUCCAACAGAACGUGAAGUUCAAGAGGCUAAACAUCAAACAAGCCAAACAGAAACAAGAUCCCACAACUAAGGUAGACAACAUGGCUGCCUAAGUAUGAUUCCCAAUCAGAGACAAUGACCGACAGCUGCCUCUGAUUGGGAACCACACCCGGCCAACAUAGAAAUAUAUAAAUUAGAUUUCACACCCUGACCAACCCAACUAGAGAUCUCAAUGUCAGGGCGUGACAGUACCGCCCCCCCAAAGGUGCGGACUCCGGCCGCAAAAACCUGACUCAUUAGGGGAGGGUCCGGGUGGGCAUCUAGCCUCGGUGGCGGCUCCGGCUCCGGCUUCGGACGUGACGUAGGCAGUAAACUCUUCUCCCAUCCUGCCUACCCUUUGCACGUCCAGUCCGGUCUGGACCCCGGCGCGAUGCUCCCCCUCUCAGUCCACCCACAAUGCACCAAGCCCUGUCUGGACCCUGGUGUGGGAGCCAUCGACCCUGGAGAGGGGCUGACGUCUGGUCCCGGCCCAGCAGUCCUCCCGCGAUGCACCAAGUCCUGUCUGGACCCUGGUGUGGGAGACCCCGACCCUGGAGAGGGGUUGACGUCUGGCUCCGGCUCGGACCACGGUGGAGCGGAUGGCUCCGGCAUGGGGGAAGAGUAGACGACCGGACCUGGACUGGGCACUGGUGGAGCGGACUGCUCUGGCACUGGAGUGAAGCAGCUGACCGGAGCUGGACUGGGCACCGGUGGAGUGGACUGCUCUGGCACUGGAGUGGAGCAGAUAACCGGAGCUGGAAUAGGGACCGGUGGAGCGGACUGCUCUGGCACUGGAGUGAAGCAGCUGACCGGAGCUGGACUUGGCACCAGUGGAGCGGACUGCUCUGGCACUGGAGUGGAGCAGCUGACCGGAGCUGGACUAGGCACCGGUGGAGCGGACUGCUCUGGCACAGGAGUAAAGCAGCUGACCGGAGCUGGAGACUCUGGACUGCAGACCAUCGCUGGAGGUUCUGGACUGCAGACCGUCGCAGGAGGCUCCGGGCCAUGGACCAUCACAGGAGGCUUCGUGCCAUGGAUCAUCACUGGAGGCUUCAUGCCAUGAAUCAUCACUGGAGGCUUCGUGCCAUGGAUCAUCACCGGAGGCAUCGGGCCAUGGAUCAUUACUGGAGGCUUCGGGCCAUGGAUCAUCACUGGAGGCUUCGGGCCAUGGAUCAUCACUGGAGGCUUCGUGCCAUGGAUCAUCACUGGAGGCUUCGUGCUAUGGAUCAUCACUGGAGGCUUCGUGCCAGUGCGGGGCGCUGGCACAGGAUGCACUGGGCUGUGGACACGCACCACUGGUUUGGUGCGAGGAGCAGGCACGGCCCGUACCGGGUUGGGGACACGCACCACUGGUCUGGUGCGAGGAGCAGGCACGGGCCGUACCGGGUUGGGGACACGCACCACUGGUUUGGUACGAGGAGCAGGCACGGGCCGUACCAGACUGGAGACACGCACAACUGGUUUGGUGCGAGGAGCAGGUACGGGGCGCACCGGGCUGGAGACACGCACCACUGGUUUGGUGCGAGGAGCAGGCACGGGCCGUACCGGUCUGUGAAGGCACACUGGCGGCACAGUGCGUAAAGCCGGUGCAUAGCCUGGUGCCUGCACGAUCACACGCUCCUCAAAGCGAGUGCGGGGAGUUGGCUCUGAUAAACCUGGCUCCGCCAGCCUCUGCUCUAAGGACGAAGCUCUCUGCUGCUGGAGGGUUAACUCCUCUCUCAGCUCCUCCUGUUGCCUGGCCAGCUCCUCUCUCCGUGCAUCCACUGACUCUUUCUCCCUGUGAGCCUCCUGCAGUGCCUACUUCUGAAGGGAGAGCUCCUGCUCCCUCUUAACUAACAGCUCCCGUAAGGCGGUGGUCUCCUCUCUCAGAGUACUGAGCUGCAGGUCUUGGAGGGCGGCUUCUUCUAUAGCUUUAUCCCUCUCCACAAUCAGCCCUUCCAGGGCCUCCUGCUGUUCCGCCAACCACCCUGUGUGCACCCCCAAAAAACAUUUAUUGGGGCUGCCUCUUGGGCUUCCUUCGCGGUCUUGAACCACGAUGUCGCCGUUGAUCCUUUCCUGCCUCGGCCUCUUCCUUCGCCCAGGGUCCCUUACCGGCCAAUAUCUCCUCCCAUGUCCAGAAUGUUUUCCCCACCUGUGUCCAGCGUGUCUGUUCCUCCUGGCCACGCUGCUUGGUCCGUUGGUGGUGGGAUCUUCUGUCACGUUCGUUGUGUAAAGGAUCGGACCAAGGUGCAGCGUGGUAUGCGUACAUAGUCGUUUAUUUUAAUAAACACCGACAAAAUAACUAAAUCCAACAGAACGUGAAGUUCAAGAGACUAAACAUCAAACAAGCCAAACAGAAACAAGAUCCCACCACUAAGGUAGGCAACAUGGCUGCCUAAGUAUGAUCCCCAAUCAGAGACAACGACCGACAGCUGCUUCUGAUUGGAAACCACACCCAGCCAACAUAGAAAUAUAUAAAUUAGAUUUCACACCCUGACCAACCCAACUAGAGAUCUCAAUGUCAGGUCGUGACAUUACCAAAGGUGGACUCCAAUCAAGUUGUAGAAACAUCUCAAGGAUGAUCAAUGGAAACAGGAGCUCAAUUUCCAGUCUCACAGCAGUGUCACGUUCGUUUAAGGACGGGUCAGACCAAGGCGCAGCGUGAAAGGCAUUCAUGUUUAUUUCACCGAUAAACACACAAACAAAACAACAAACCAAACCAAACGUGAAGUCCUAAGGCUAAACACAAUACACGGAACAAGAUCCCACAACUAAUGAUACAAACAGGCUGCCUAAGUAUGAUCCCCAAUCAGAGACAAUGAGCGACAGCUGUCUCUGAUUGGGAAUCACACCCGGCCAAACAUAGAAUUACAAGACCUAGACUGAGAACAUAGAAAAUACAACAUAGAACUCCACACCCUGACUCAACAUACAAGAGUCCCAUGAGUCAGGGCGUGACAGUACCCCCCCCCCCCCCCAAAGGUGCGGACUCCGACCGCACCAACCUGACAUAACAGGUAAGGGUCCGGGUGGGCAUUCCGCCUCGGAGGCGGAUCCGGCUCCGGGCGUGACGACCCCAUACUCUCAACCUCCCCGUUGCGCCCCUGGUCUGGUCUGGACCUCGGCGCGCUGCCUCCCCUCUCCUUCCUCCCACGACGUACCAAGCCCUGUCUGGACCCUGGGUGGGAGACCCCGAACCUGGAGAGGGGCUGACGUCUGGGUCUGGACUGGAGCCGCUGACCGGAGCUGAACUGGGCACCUGUGGAGCGGACUACUCUGGCUCCGGACUGGAGCCGCUGACCGGAGCUGGACUGGGCACUGGUGGAGCGGGCUGCGGACUGCUCUGGCUCCGGAGUGGAGCUGCUGACCGGAGCUGUACUGUGCACCGGUGGAGCGGACUGCUCUGUCUCCGGAGUGGAGCUGCUGACCGGAGCUGGACUGGACCCCGGUGGAGCGGACUGCUCUGGUUCCGGAGUGGAUCCGCUGACCGGAGCUGGAUUAGGCACCGAUGGAGCGGACUGCUCUGGCUCCGGAUUGGAACCGCUGACCGGAGCUGGACUGGGCACCGGUGAAGCGGACUGCUCUGACUCCGGAGUGGAGCAGCUGACCGGAGCUGGACUUGACCCCGGUGGAGCGGACUGCUCUGGCUCCGGAGUGGAGCAGCUGACCGGUGUCGGACCAGGCACCGGACUGGACACACGCACCACUGGUCUGGUGCGAGGAGCAGGCACGGGCCGGGCCGGACCGGACUCGGGACACACACCACUGGAUUGGUGCGGGGAGCAGGUACGGGGCAUACCGGGCUGGCGACACACACCACUGGCUUGGUGCGGGGAACAGGAACGGGCCGGACUGGGAACACGCACCACUGGCUUGGUGCGGGGAGCAGGCACGGGCCGUACCAGACUGGGAACACGCACCACUGGCUUGGUGCGAGGAACAGGAACGGGCCGGACUGGGAACACGCACCACUGGCUUGGUGCGAGGAGCAGGAACGGGCCGUACCGGGCUAGCGACACGCACCACUUGCUUGGUGCGGGGAGCAGGCACGGGCCGUAGCGGACUGGGAACAAGCACCACUGGCUUGGUGCGAGACGCAGGCACGAGGUGUACCGGACUGGGAACUGACGUUAGAGAUCUCCGACUGUACCAGUCUUUCACUCUCCGCGCCCAGUCCUCCUCCCGUGAGGACUCCUCCCUGAGCCCCCACGAGUGCAGUGGUCGGGGCUCUUCUCCAUCGAUCCCCGACCACCCUUCUAGCCCCCACAAAAACAUUUAUUGGGGCUGUCUCUCUUGCUUCUUCCUCGGCCGGCGCCUUCUGCGUUGCCGUUGCUCCUCUCUAAACUGGGCGUCCACUGUCUCCUCCCAAGGAUGGCGAUCCAUCCCAGCCUGAAUCUCCUCCCAUGUCCAGAAUCCCUAUCCGUCCAGGAUCUCCUCCCAUGUCCAGGCUGUCUGCUUCUGGGAACGCUGCUUGGUCCGUGUUUGGUGGGAUCUUCCAUCACGUUCGUUGAAGGACGGGUCAGACCAAGGCGCAGCGUGAAAUGCGUACAUGUUUAUUACAACGAUAAACACACUAACAAAACAACAAACCAACAAAACGUGAAGUCCUAAGGCUAAACACAAAACAAGCCUACUCACGGAACAAGAUCCCACAACUAAUGAUUGCCAACAGGCUGCCUAAGUAUGAUCCCCAAUCAGAGACAACGAGCGACAGCUGCCUCUGAUUGGGAAUCACACCCGGCCAAACAUAGAAACACACAACAUAGAAUGCAAACAUAUAAAUACUAACAUAGAUAUCCACACCCUGACUCAACGUACAAGAGUCCCAUAAGUCAGGGCGUGACACAAAGGUUCUGAAUACUUAUGUAAAUAAGGUAUUUCUGUUUUUUGUAUUUAAUACAUUUGCAAAAAUUUCGAAAAAACUGUUUUUGCUUUGUGAUGAUGGGGUAUUGUGUGUAGAUUGCUGAGGAAAUUGUUUUAUUUAAUCAAUUUAAGAAUAAGGCUGUAACGUAACAAAAUGUGGAAAAAGUCAAGGGGUCUGAAUACUUUCCGAAGGCACUGUGUGUUUUUCUGUUCUGUUUCUAUUCUAUUCUAUUUUGUAUUAUAUUCAAUUAUAUUAUAUCCUGUCCUAUCCUAUACUGUUUUAUUCUAACAUGCAUUAUAUUCUAUUCUACCUGUAUUAUAUUAUAUUAUAUUAUAUUAUAUCAGUUAAUGAUUUAUUAGUUAAUUUUUAUACUGUGCCAGUGCAGCUUGAUUCUUCCUUCACGUAGAGGUUAACAUCAUGUAUAUGGGCAUCAUAUAUGCGCUUUUCUGUAUUUAACCUUGCAAGACAUCUCAAGAGAUGCUGGACAGAAAAUACCUAUAGAAAAAAUACAAAAGGGCCCAGACACUCAACACCUCAUACUGUACAUUCAUAAUGGUAUUGGUUGAAAAUAAUAUAUUUUCGAUGGUCCACUGCUUUCAGUCUGUCAUAUAGGCAAUUCCACCCAUGCAGUUCAUGUUGAUAUAUUUGAAUUAUCAUACACUUUCUUACUGUUUAUUAAAGCAGUGGCUCAAGUGUCUUUGCAGAUGCUAAGGUGCGUGCCAACACUCUCCUUUUGGUGAGUGUUAAUUGUUUCGAUUGUCUUAUAUGAGGAUUGGACGGUAUUCGGCUGCAGCUUUGGGUUCAGAGACAAGCACUUUAUCACCAGCCUGACCUUUGACCUUUAACCCAACCUGACCUUCCUUGUGACACUCCACAGGUGCUUAGCAAUGAGAACAUCCUGACGCUCAAGGCGGUGAGGCAGGAUGAUGCUGGGAAGUACGUAUGCCGGGCGGUGGUUCCCCGAGUUGGAGCUGGAGAAAAGGAAGUGUCCCUCACUGUGAAUGGUAAGUGCACUUGACAUCAGGAUGAAUGCCAAAUUCAUUUCCAAGCUGGAUCCCACUGGGCAAAGACGUAAGUUCAACAUUUAGUUUUGAUUUAAUUUUGGUUGAGUUGUCAACUAACAUGAAUUCAAUGUGAAAUCAACAAAAAAUGUCACCAUGUCAUUAGAUUUAGGUUAAAAGUUGUGUGAAGAAAAACAAAAUUCCCAUCAAUUAUGGCCUUUUAAAAAUCCAAUCAGUUUUCCACAUUGAUUUAACUUCAUCACAUUACAUUUUGGGGUUGAAAUGACAUGGAAACCACAUUGAUUCAACUAGUUUUUGCCCAGUGGGAUGUGGAAGCUGUUCCAAGCUCAGGGACAUGUUUCAGGCUAGCUGGACUCGGGGACAACAAAGUAAAAGCAGAUACAUAUUUACAAUAGUGGUGUCAAGAUCAGUGGGUCAUAAUGUAGUUUCCUUUUAACGAGGUGAAAAAAAAGCAUGGAUUUGAUCACAGCUAGGACUGUAACUUAGUAAGUAGAAAUGAACUGUAACUGUUUAGAGGUAAGGCUAUCAUCUGUCAUAUCAAAAUGGUUGUCAAUCAUCAUUGAUACCCGAUACUAUCAUAAUAUCGCCCAACUCUGCGCAACUCUGCUCCUAUAUACUGUAUUUAUUUGGACAAUGAAGCUAAAAAGUUUAAUUUGACUCUAUACUCCAGCAUUUUGAAUUUAAAAUAAAAUGUUUUAUAUGAGGUGAAAGUACAGAAUGUCGCCUUAUAUUUGAGGGUAUUUUCAUAGGUAUCUCUUUUACCGUUUAGAAAUGAAUGCACUUUAUCUAUCUAGUCCCCCCAUUUGAAGGUGUCAAGUAUGGACAAAUUCACUUAUAGUGUAUUACAUUUAUUCAAAAGUAUAGUAUUUGGUCGCAUAUUCCUCGCACACAAUGACUACAUCAAGCUUCUGACUGUAAAAACUUGUUGGAGGAAUUUGCAGUUUUGGUUGUGUUUCGGUUUAUGUUCUGUCCAAUAGAAAUGAAUGGUAAAUAAUGUAUUGUGUCAUUUUUGGAGUCACUUUUAUUGUAAAUAAAAAUAGAAUAUGUUUCUGAACACUUCUACAUUCAUGUGGAUGCUACCAUGAUUACGGAUAAUCAUCAAUAAAAUCAAAUCAAAUUUUAUUUGCCACAUGCGCUGAAUACAACAGGUGUAGACCUUACAGUGAAAUGCUUACUUACAAGCCCUUAACCAACAAUGCAUUUUUUAAAGAAAAUAAAACAAGUGUUAAGUAAAAAAGAGAGAAAUAGAAAAUAGCAAAUAAUUAAGGAGCAGCAGUAAAAUAAAAUAACAGUAGGGAGGUUAUAUACAGAGGGUACCGGUACAGAGUCGAUGUGCGGGGGCACCGGUUAGUCCAGGUAAUUGAGGUAAUAUGUACAUGUGGGUAGAGUUAAAGUGACUAUGCAUAAAUAAUAAACUGAGUAGCAACAGCAUAAAAGAGGGGUUGGGGUGGGGUGGGGCGGCAAUGCAAAUAGUCCGGGUAGCCAUGAUUAGCUGUUCAGGAGUCUUAUGGCUUGGGGGUUGAAGCUGUUAAGAAGCCUCUUGGACCUAGACUUGGCGCUCCGGUACCGCUUGCCGUGUGGUAGCAGAGAGAACAGUAUAUGACUAGGGUAGCUGGAGUCUUUGACAAUUUUUAGGCCCUUCCUCUGACACCGCCUGUAAUAGAGGUCCUGGAUGGCAGGAAGCUUGGCCCCAGUGAUGUACUGGGCCGUACGCACUACCCUCUGUAGUGCCUUGCGGUCGGAGGCUGAGCAGUUGCCAUACCAGGCGGUGAUGCAACCAGUCAAGAUGCUCUCGAUGGGGCAGCUGUAUAACUUUUUGAGGAUCUGAGGACCCAUGCCAAAUCUUUUCAGUCUCCUGAGGGGAAAUAGGUGUUGUCGUGCCCUCUUCACGACUGUCUUGGUGUGUUUGGACCAAGAUAGUUUAUUGGUGAUGUGGACACCAAGGAACUUGAAGCUCUCAACCUGUUCCACUACAGCCCUGUCGAUGAGAAUGGGGGCGUGCUCAGUCCUCUUUUUUUCCCCUGUAGUCCACAAUCAUCUCCUUUGUCUUGAUCACGUUGAGGGAGAGGUUAUUAUCCUGGCACCACACGGCCAGGUCAUCAUUGUCGGUGAUCAGGCCUAACACUGUUGUGUCGUCUGCAAACUUAAUGAUGGUGUUGGAGUCGUGCCUGGCCAUGCAGUCAUGAGUGAACAGGGAGUACAGGAGGGGACUGAGCAUGCACCCCUUAGGGGCCUCCGUGUUGAGGAUCAGCGUGGCAGAUGUGUUGUUACCUUAUCCUUACCACCUGGGGGUGGCCCGUCAGGAAGUCCAUGAUCCAGUUGCAGAGGGAGGUGUUUAGUCCCAGGGUCCUUAUCUUAGUGAUGAGCUUUGAGGGCACUAUGGUGUUGAACGCUGAGCUGUAGUCAAUGAAUAGCAUUCUCACGUAGGUGUUCCUCUUGUCCAGGUGGGAAAGGGCAGUGUGGAGUGCAAUAGAGAUUGCAUCAUCUGGGGAUCUGUUGGGGCGGUAUGCAAAUUCGAGUGGGUCUACGGUUUCUGGGAUAAUGGUGUUGAUGUGAGCCAUGACCAGCCUUUCAAAGCACGUCAUGGCUUAGUUUUCAAGCCCUGCCACAUCCGACGAGCGUCAGCGCCGGUGUAGUACGAUUCAAUCUUAGUCUUGUAUUGACUCUUUGCCUUUUUGAUGGUUCGUCGGAGGGCAUAGCGGGAUUUCUUAUAAGCGUCCGGGUUAGAGUCCCACUCCUUGAAAGUGGCAGCUCUACCCUUUAGCUCAGUGCGGAUGUUGCCUGUAAUCCAUGGCUUCUGUUUGGGGUAUGUACGUACAGUCACUGUGGGGACGACGUCAUCGAUGCACUUAUUGAUGAAGUCAGUGACUGAUGUGGUGUACUCCUCAAUGCUAUCGGAAGAAUCCCGGAACAUAUUCCAGUCUGUGCUAGCAAAACAGUCCUGUAGCUUAGCAUCUGCGUCAUCUGACCACUUCCUUAUUAACCGAGUCACUGGUGCUUCCUGCUUUAGUUUUUGCUUCUAAGCAGGAAUCAGGAGGAUAGAGUUAUGGUCAGAUUUGCCAAAUGGAGGGCGAGGGAGAGCUUUGUACACGUCUCUGUGUGUGGGGUAAAGGUGGUCUAGAGUUUUUUUCCUCUGGUUGCACAUUGAACAUGCUGGUAGAAAUUAGGUAGAACAGAUUUAAGUUUCCCUGUAUUAAAGUCCCCAUGAAUGAAUUGUGAAUAAUGAUGAGUGAGAAAAUUACAGAUGCACAACCUUUUUUAACUAAUCAAUAAAUAGUAAACAAAGACAGUUGUUUAAUAUGCCUGAAGACUGUGCAAGUCAGGCAAUCGAUGGCGAACUCUAUCGACAAACUCCUCUGUACAAGCAGAAUUUCUGAAGCCGGGAUGUCAUCAUAGAAUUCAUGGCACAAGAAUAGCAGGGGCGUAGGUAUACACAAAAAGGCUAACUUGAAAUGGUACUUCCCCCCCCCCCCCCCCCUCCCUUGCCAACGGGGGCCUUUUAUUGUCUGCUCUCAUUGCAGGUUUAACCAGUCAAUGAAAAGUUCUGGAGGCAUGUAGAUUAACUGUUUUGAUGAAACUUUCACCUUUCAGCCCAUACAGUGUAAUACAUUUCUGCUAUAGCAAAGCAAUAAGAGAGAGAGGUUUGGCGCUUAUGAAUAUCUCCUUCCUUGUGAAGGAGGCUUAUUCUCUCCUUGAAGCUUGUGUCAGGAAGUCCAUUAUUUGACUGAAAAGGUGUAGCAUUUUGCCAGAAGGGUUUUCGCGCUAAACCCACCCAUCACCAUCGUUUCUGAGAGGAGGCUGAUUGGACAGGUUAUGGUUAAGACUGAUAUUGUAAAGUAAAACAAUGGUGAAACAGAGUAUAUCAGUUUAGAUUCCAGGCUAGUGAAUCUUCAAUUUCAACAACAAACAAGUAACAACCUUUCUCCUCUCCUUUCCUCUCAUUUCUACAUUUACAUUUUAGUCAUUUAGCAGACACUCUUAUCCAAAGUGAUUGACAUUUACAUCUUAAGAUAGCAGGGUGAGACAACCACAUGUCAUAGUAAGUACAUUUUUCCUGAAUUAAGAAGUUGUCAGUGCUAGUAGGAAAAGACAUCCCACCCUGUCUUCCUCCUCCGGCAGCUCAGGAGAGCUGCUCCAAGGCUGAGGCUGAGAGAUAAAGUAAUCUAAUAAUAGCACUCAUUUGCCCCGUCCCUUGUCAGAUCUCUCGGACCACACAGGACUCCUGUGUGAAUACGUUAGGCUGUAUAGAGAAUCCCAUUUUGCACUGGAAAGCCCCCCUUCCUCAGAAAAACCCCCACUUUUUGUUCCUGUCCAUAACUACUACUACUACUACUGCUACUACUACUACUACUAAUGAUAAUAAUAAUAGUACAUUUAAUUUGUAUAGCACUUUUCAUUACAGAGUUAUCUCAAAGCUCUGCAAAAAAAGGUAUACAAUAAAAACAACAUACAUUUAGAAUCAAGGCAGAUAAAAUAGCAAUAGUGGGCUAGGUGUUAAAUACAUUUUAGAUUGGGACUAGGACUAUGAAAAAGAUAGUCUGUAGAAGUAGGUUUUAAGGCAAGUUUUAAAAGUUCUGAGUGAUGGAGCAGCUCUCAGAUGGUCCCAUAGGCAAGGGACAAGGGAGCAGAAGGCUCGGUCCCGCAUAGUUCGGAGACGUGUCUUGGGGAGUUGAAGCAGUAGGGAGUAGCUGGGGCAGAGAGUGCGAGUGCGAGGUGGCUCGGUGAUUGAGAUGAGGUCACUGAUGUAGGUGGGGCUCAAUCCAUUCAAGGCUUUAAAUACAAGCAUGAGAAUUUUGAAGUCAACACUUUAGUGAUGUGAUCUGACUUCUUGGUCCUGGUCAGGACCCUGGCAGCACUGUUCUGGAUUAGUUGGAGCCUCUGUAGUGAUUUGUCUGGGAGGCCCCCAAACAGCGCAUUACCGUAGUCGAUCCGAGAGAAGAUAAACGUGUGGAUGAGUUUCUCUGCAUCUGGCUGGGAGAGUGACGGUAUGACCCGGGCAAAGUUUUUCAGGUGGAAAAAUUAUAUUUUACAUAUUUGUUUUUUGUGGGCAUCGAAGGACAGCAAAGGAUCAAGCUUGACUCCUAGGUUGAAGAUGACAGAGGUCAGGUGGAUGACCUGGCCAUUGAUUGUAGGGCAGAUGUUUCCAGCACUGGUGACCUACUCCAGUGUCCCAAUAAGCAUAGUCUCAGUCUUGCUACUGUUCAACUGGAGGAAGUUCUCUUUCAUCCAUGCCCUGAUGUCCUCUAGGCAGCUUCUGAGUUUUGCUAGGGCAAAGAUUGUUUCCGGUUUGGUGUUAAUGUAGACCUGGGUCUCGUCAGUGUAGCAGUGGAAGUUGAUGUUAUAAUCUCUGAGUAUUUGUCCGAGAGAGAAUAUGUACAUUAAAAACAGGAUAGGCCCCAGCACUGACCCCUGUGGGACGCCACAUGUGACGGCAGACUCCUCCAAUCUGGAAUCUACAAUAGUAAUGUAUUGCUUCCUAUUGGAGAAGUAGGAGGAGAACCAGUUCAGAGCUGUUCCAGAGACAGCAGUGUGCUCUCUGAGAUACCGCAGGAGGAUACUGUGGUCUAUGGUGUCAAAAGCAGCACUGAGAUCUAAGAGGAGGAGGAUGCUAGGAGAUCCAGAAUCAACAGCCACCAAUCAGUCGGUUGUUGGUAACUUUAACCAGAGCUGUUUCGGUGCUGUGCAAGGGCCAGACUGGAAAACCUUGUGCCACUGGUUAGAUGACAGAUGCGAUUGAAGCUGGUUUGCAACCACUUUCUCCAGUGCUUUUGAUAGGAAGGGGAGGUUGGAGAUGGACCUGUAGUUGGAUAGGAUGUCCUGGUCAAGGUUGGGUUUCUUCAGUAAGGGGGUGGCUGCAGCUGUUUUGAAGAUCGAUGAUACCUCUCCCGUCAGCAGGGACUUGUUGAUCAGUUUGGUGACAAACAUAAGCAGGCUACAUUAGCAGGUUUUGAGUAGGGAUGUAGGUAUAGGGUCAAGGGAGCAAGUGGUGGCCUUCAUUUUAGAGAUGAUUGACUGCCCAGCAGCAGAUGUGACUUCUGUAAAGUUGCUAAAGGGAGGGGCAGUCUGGGUUUGGGGGUUCAGGAGGUGGGAUGCAGGCCAUUUUAGAGGCCAUGAUGUUUGUCCUGAUGGUAUCAAUCUUUGUCUUGAAAAAAUCUGAGUAGUGAUUGCACUGCUCAAAUUAGGCUGCAGGAGAGCAUGAGUUUGCAGGUUUGAAAAGGCAGUUGAUGGUAGAGAACAGGGUUCUGGGGUUACCUUUGUUAUUGUCAAUCAUGGCAGAGUAGAAGGCUGAUCAAGCUGCUUUUAAGCAGAGUAGCUUGCCUUUAUAGGCCAGUCGGUGGACAGUGAGGCCAUCCUUCCUCCAAUGUCGCUCAAGCUUAUGGCGAUGAGUCUUCAUUCUGUGCAGUUCAUCAGUGAACCAAGGAGACGACCUCUGGAAUGUUACUUCACAUGUUUUUCAGGGGCAAGGAUGUUCAGGGUCUUACUCAGAGUGCUGUUAUACAGAUUGACCAGAUCACUGCAGUCAGAUUGCAGAAUUUAAUGAUCCUCUUUGGGCGGUAGAGAGGAGUUGGAGCGGUCAGAGACAGUGUCACAGCCUUGUGGUCAGAGACACGUAGCUCGAUGACACUCAAGUCAGAGACAUCGGCAGUGAUAAUGAGGUCCGCGGUUUUGGUUUGGAACAUUUACAUGUUGCACAAGGUUUAGACAGGGGAAAGAGAAAGUUCUGUUGUCUUAAAGUGUCCAACAUUCUGCAGGAACGCAGUUGCAAGAAUAGCAGCCCUUUUAGGAAUGGAAUGCUAACUAUAAUUGGUAGCUGUGGUGGACAAAUAAAACAGUAUGUGGACUAUGCUGCCAUUGUCCAAUUAAAUUAUGAUACUACCUCUGCUAAAAAAGCAUUACGAACUACAAUAAUCACCUGAAAAAGUCAGCGGUACCUCAAAGGAAGCCAGGUAUUAUUUCCUCCUCCCAUUUUUUACUUUCAGUUUAUGUCUGUUUUGCUUCUGUAAACAUUGACACAGAAUUCAGACCCCUGGGUUUUGUUGAGUGAAAUGCGGCUGCAGUUGAAUGGAAAGAAAAAAGAGAAUGUUUGUUAUUCUCAUAGUCAGCAGUUCUGGAAUUAGCAAGAGCUCCUUGAGUGGGGAGUCUGUCAUCGUCACCAUGUGUCAGUCAAAGGUCACACAUUUCAAAGGUUUCCUUUCACAGGCGGAGGAAAAGAAAUAGAACUAACACACAGGACGGCAAACUGGAAUAUGACUUCAUUUUCUCUAGCCCUUAAUCUAACCCAUUGUCCUCCGCUGUCCACCCCUCCCUCCCUCCAACCCUUCUACAUUUCUCAGUCUCUUUCUUUGCCUUUUAGCAAUAAAAAACAACCCGCUUUUCAUCGUGCCGGGAAUCUCACCUUAAGAAUAACAAAUUAGUCUCAUCAUGAAUAAUUGAUCAUCUCCAUUUGACUGUAAACUCAAAUCAAUUAUAAUGUCUGUGCCCUUUGCCGUCCCCCGCCGUGGCACCAUUAAAGUGUGCCAUCUGAUAGGCCAGUGAUGUAUGUGAGUGUUUUAUUGACUGGUUUUCCCUUGACCGUGCUGUAGGUCCUCCCACUAUCUCCAGCACCCAGACGCAGCAAGCCCUCUACGGGGAGAAGGGGCAGAUCAAGUGUUUCAUCCGCAGCACUCCUCCUCCCGACCGCAUUGUGAGUCACUCAUCCCUCCUUCCUUCUAAAAACAUUUAUUUUAAAGACUGAGUUUGGGCUGUCUGUGUUCCAACCAAUGAGGGGCCUUAUUGGUUGAAACAUGGUGAAGACAUGACUCAGUGUAGACCGUGUUCACGCUUCAAUGAAUUACAGUGGACAUUUUUUAUGAAUAGAAUGUGAAGGUUUUUCCAAAUUAUUGUGAAGGAUAGGUGGCAUGGCAAGAAAGGAUCCCAAUGAAUCAAAAAGCAAUUGGAUGGAAUCCUUGCACAUAAAAUGAUUUACUGAAGUUAUGUACUCUUGCGACAUACAGUGCCUUCAGAAAGUAUUCAAACCCCUUGACUUCUUCCACAUUUUGUUGUGUUACAGAGUGGGAUUAAAAUGGAUUUGUCUUUUUUUAUUAAUGGAAAAUAAAACACUAAUAUAAAGUAUCUUGAUUAGAUAAGUAUUCAACCUCCUGAGUCAAUACAUGUUAGAAUCACCGUUGGCAGCGAUUACAGCUGUGAGUCUUUCUGGGUAAGAGCUUUGCACACCUGGAUUCUACAAUAUUUGCCCAUUAUUGUUAAAACCUUUUUUCAAGCUCUGUCAAGUUGGUUGUUGAACAUUGCUACACAGCCAUUUUCAAGUCUUGCCGUAGAGGAACAUUCAAUGUCAUCUUGGAAGCAACUCCAGUGUAUAUUUUGACCUGCUGAAAGGGGAAUUUGUCUCCCAGUAUCUGUUGGAAAGCAGACUGAACCAACAAUUUUUCCUGUUCUUAGCACUAUACCAUUUAUUUUUUUAAAGAAAACUCCCUAGUCCUUGCCGAUGACAAGCAUACCUAUAACAUGAUACAGCCACCACCGUGCUUGAAAAUAUGAAGAAGAGUGGUACUCAGUGAUGUGCUGUGUUGGAUUUGCCCCAAACAUAAUGCUUUGUAUUCAGGACAUUAAGUUUAUUUCUUUGCCACUAUUUUUUUAGUGUUACCUUAGAGCCUUAUUACAAACAGGAUGCUUGUUUUGGAAUAUUUUUAUUCUGAACAGGCUUCCUUCUUUCCACUCUGUCAGUAUGUUAGUAUUGUGGAGUAAUUACAAUGUUUUUGAUCCAUCCUCUGUUAGCGCCUAUCACAGCCAUUAACCUUUUCACACGUACCAACAAACAGGUGUGAUCAUUCUACAGUGGUCCCUGCAGCGUACACUCAAACUGGUGUGAUUAGAAUGUUUAUUUAGAACGUCCAGUUUCAAUUGACUCAACAGUCAGCAUUUGAGUUGGCCACACUGUUUGUUCACAGAAACAUGUUGCACAUAGUCCUUACAAAGUCAUGUCCUUAAUGUGACCAGUUUAUUUUUAGAUGCAAUGUUCAGACAUUCACAGAAGUAGUGACAGCAUACACAAUCAUCCAAACCGGAAAAUGUAGGCUACAUUAGUCCUAGCGCUAACUUAGGAAAGAUUGAGUUAACACAAGCGGUCAUAUUUAGAUAACUCUCGACUGACAGAAACCACAAAAUGAAUUAGGUAAAAGCAAUUACUAUUUAUAAUUCAUCACAUCACGGGUGAGCUCACCAUUGAUCCAAAUAAUUUAGUAAAACACUUUCUAAUAAUCGAAAGUAAUCCGAUGAUGACGGGUAGUUUGUGCUCGCCACCAUGUUUGUUUUUUCGCUUCAACCAAAGAUAAUAAGAGGAGACAAUAUGAGUGUGGUCUGCUUGCAGUAUGCAUGUUGAAGGAGGUGUGUCAUCUAGGAUCAUUCACUUCCCUUCAUUCAAGAUGAGAGAACAAUUCCUUCACCUCAGUAUAACAUAUUUGGUCUGACAGACGUUUACGUGACACCCAGAAUGCAUUGUAUAAUGUCAACAAACAUGGCGCCACACAUAGCUGGCAAAUAGCUUAGCAUUAGCUCAUUAUAAUCAGUACAACCUUCAAAAAAAUAUUUUACACACAUCAUAGGUGUCCAUUACAAUCUAUGCAAUAAUCCGAAUGCGUUAAUUGUCACCAGUACUGGAAAACACGUGAAGAAAACCGUAAAUGCCAGCCAGAAAAUAUGCCAGUUUGUGCAAGAAUGCACAAAUGUCUGCAUUCUUGAUCUGCGGAAACACUAGGGAUGUGCUUGGGCUCUCCUCGAAGAGAGAACUUUGUCCGGCUCAGUAAAGCCUCAAACAUAAAUUGUCCGCAACACUGAAAUGGGCUACUUCUAUGUGAAUUAAUGAAGGCGGAACACACCUCAAUUCAAACAUGUUAAAUUUUUAAUCAUUUAGCAGACGCUCUUAUCCAGAGCGACUUACAGUUAGUGAGUGCAUACAUUAUUUUUUAUUUUUCAUACCCCCCGUGGGAAUCGAACCCACAACCCUGGCGUUGCAAAAGCCAUGCUUUACCAACUGAGCUACAUCCCUGCCUGCCAUUCCCUCCCCUACCCUGGGCCAAUUGUGCACCGCCCCAUGGGUCUCCCGGUCGCAGCCGGCUACGACAGAGCCUGGAUUCAAACCAGGAUCUCUAGUGUCACAGCUAGCACUGCGAUGCAGUGCCUUAGACCACUGCGCCACUUGUCAAUUUCAAAUUGACAAGUUGAAAUAUAGCCUAUAGAUAAUUAGCAAGCAGAGCAUGUUAACACUUUACAUUUGAGUCAUUUAGCAGAUGCUCUUAUCCAGAGCAACUUACCGUUAGUGAGUGCAUACAUGUUUAUUUUUCAUUUUUUCUUCAUACUUUCAUAGUUAUCUGUCCUGUUGUGUAACAAUCACAUUUUGGAACAGUGUGUGCAUUGUGACAUCACGUGUAUAAAACAACUCACGCUGGGGUGACUGUUAGAGAUAUUUGGAACUCACAUGUGAAAAGGUUAAACUGUAACUGUUUUAAAAUCACCAUUGGACUCAUGGUGAAAUCCCUGGGCGAGUUAGGAAAGGCGUCUGUAUCUUUGUAGUGACUGGGUGUAUUGAUAAACCAUCCAAAGUGUAAUUAAUAACUGCACCAUGCUUAAAGGGAUAUUCAAUAUCAGUUUUGUAUUGUUUUUUUUACCCAUCUACCAUUAGGUGCCUAUAUUUGCGAACCAUUGAAAAACCUCCCUGGUCUUUAAUACAAAAUGAAAAAUAAGUAUUCAAACCUUUUGUUAUGGCAAGCCUAAAUAAGUUCAGGAGUAAAAAUGUGCUUAACAAGUCACAUAAUAAGUUGCAUGGACUCACUCUGUGUGUGAUAAUAGUGUUUAACAUGCUUUUUAAAUGACUUCCCCAUCUCUGUACCCCAUACAUACAAUUAUCUGUAAGGUCCCUCAGUCGAAUAGUGCAUUUCAGCACAGAUUCAAGUACAAUUUGUAAACAUUUCUAAAAACAUAAUUUCACUUUGACAGUAUGAGGUAUUGUGUGUAGGCUAGUGACACACAAUCUCAAUUUAACCUAUUUUAAAUUCAGACUGUAACACAACCAAAUGUGGGAAAGCAUGGGGUGUGAAUACUUUCGAUGGUACUGUAAGUUAAACAGUAGUUUCACUUCAAAAUAGAAGCUUCAGAGACAAAACUAAUUGGCAACAGAGCAUGGUGUGCAAUGCAUUUUGACAUCAGUAUCUUCUUAAAGGGAUAGUCCAAAUUACACAUUUACUUAUUUGCUUCCUUAGCAUUCCACAGCAUGGAUUGGUCUCUUACCUUCUAGACAGCUUACAGAUUAAGUAAACCAUUAUGGUAUUUUGUAAUUUGGGAUAACUAUCCCUUUAAAGCAGUGCAAACCAAGUGAAUGAGCUUGACCUAGGAAAGUAGGUCAGGUGAGGACAACCCUAAGGAAUUUACGUAGACUAAUCAAGGGCAAAGAAUAUCCUAAUGAAUAUCCUAUCCUAUGGUAAACAAGAGGGCGUAUUCCAUAGAGAAAGAACUCAUAGAUAUGUAGGCUAGCAAUGGAAUACAUCAAGGGAAGUGAAGGCAAGUGAAUAGACAAUUAGAAGUCAGUCAUCCUCAUUUAGAUAACAGCAGAAUACCAAGCUGUUCCACAGCAGAAAUGGGGGGAUUUCUCCCAACCCAGACCUAUACUAAUACGUUUCCUGUUGUGAGUGAAAGUUCAAUCUGAAUAUGCUCUCUAUGCCAUGUGGCUCAAUGUCACCAUGUCACACCAGAAGAGGUUUAAUGUCCCCAAUUGAAGCAAUCAGAGGAGUGAUUGGUGUGAUCCUGACUGCAUCCCAAAUGGCAACCUAUUCCCUACUUUAGACCAGGGCCCAUUGUCACAACUAGAGAAAUAUAUACACUCUAAAGAAUGCUGUAUCACUAUAGUACAUACCCAGCACUGGGUUAUUUUGGGCCAGCACGGUUACUUGAUUUACCCAUAAAUGUGGUUAUUUUGAGCCAACAGUGUUUUUUAAAACUCUUUUGCUGGGUUAUUGUUAUUCAUGUGUUUUUGACAUAGCAGUGGGUUAUUUCUUAAUUUAUUGCUGGGUAAUCAUUAUUUGUAUUUGUAUUUAUCGAGCAGUGGGUCAUUUGUUACUUUCUUACUUCUAACAAUAACAAUCAAUGUUAAAACGUUACUACACAGUCUAUGAAAUUGUUGAAGUGACAUAUGGCCAAUCAUGACAAAUUGUAGAUAAAAUCCAAAAGUUUUAUUUUCAGCUAUUCAUUUCAGCUACAAAAUGAAUCCAUGCAAAAAAAUAAACAACAAAUAAGGAACACACAAAUAAACAAAAACUUUAAAAGUACAAUUGAUAAUUUGAAAAUCACAGCAGCCCUACCAGUUAAAGCUGAGGAAUGGGGCUGAAGAAAAGUAACCACUUUACCCUCUAUUCCCCCAACCCCUACCAGCAGUGGUGUAGUAGAGGGUAUACGCCGUAUCAAUUAUUAAGGCUGAUGGAACAGAUCAGAAUGUUUAGCUUAAAAUGUUGAUAAACUUUUCUUUCGUCACAUUUUAGGCGCAGCGAUAUGCACACGGCAGUAGGCCUAUGCGCGAAUGUUCCAAAAUAAAAUGUUUCCUAUACCUCAAAAGUGGUCUCCUGAUGUGGUUUAAGCAUUGUUGUGAACUUAGAACAUCCAAUUUAGUUGUUUUUCUAUUAAAAGAGAAAAACCAAAAAAAUUAAAAACUGUUAUCAGAAACCUGUGAAUUUCUGACUCAGUUGAAAGCCACAUUUAUCUGUUUCAAUAGUAGGCCUACUAUUAGCCGACUUGCACAGUACAGCUUAUGUUGACCUGACUGUGAAAGACCAAUAUGGGAUUUACAUUUACACAAGGCGCCUUUCCUUCGAAGGGCGGGCCGUUUGGAAACAUUUUGGCAAAAUUUGAGUAUACCCACUAAUCCAGGCACCACCACACCACUGCCUACCACGUAACAAUAUUUAACAUAAUGUCUUCUGCCCUAGAGCCUGCCCAUUCAUGAUGGUGAAUGCCAGGGUGUAGAGGCGAUUGUACUCGAGAGUCCGAACAAAGGGUUCGGGUCUCUUGUUCUUUUGGUCGUCUGGCGGAAUAUUCAGCCAUAUUGGUUCCAACCUGGGGAUUAGAGAAUAUGAUAGAGCUCAGUUGGUAGAGCAUGGCACUUGCAACGGCAGGGUUGUGGGUUCGUUUCCCACGGGGGGCCAGUAUGAAAAUGUAUGCACUCACUAACUGUAAGUCGCUCUGGAUAAGAGUGUCUGCUAAAUGACUAAAAUGUAAAAUGUAAAAUCAUUAUAAAAUGUUAAACAAUAAUCAAGGCACACAUUACACUAAGUUUGCUAGCUAGCUAAGCUACAUUGGGUAGCUGGCUAGCUAGGUAGCUGGCUAGCUAGCUACCUGACGUAGAAUGAUACACCACACAGUAGGCCUACAGAAGAAAAGCUUUCCUAGCUAGACACAGGAGUGGUACAGUCUUUUGACCAUACACAGAUUAUUAUCUAUUAUCUAUGCUUUUUUUUUUUCUUUUUUUUUUUUUAGUUUUGUAUGUUUUUUGUGUGUUUUAUGUAGCUUUAAGUUGAUCUGAAAAUUAUUUUUUAUAGAUCUGAAAGAAAAAAAAAGAAAAAAUUGUUGCACCAUAUCCCUGGAUCUCCGUGAAUGCUUUUUGCCGUUUGGCUUUUGGUAACUUUGAAUGUGGACUGUAUUCGUCCAAAACAAUGCCGCAUCAGACUAGGGCAGUGGCUAUGUUCAAAUAGUAAGGAAGUCACUACAGGCCUCAUGGUGAAAUCCCUGAGCGGUUUCCUUUCUCUCUGGCAACUGAGUUAGAAGGGACGACUGUAUCUUUGUAGUGACUGGGUGUAUUGAUACACCAUCAAAAGUGUAAUUAAGAACUUCACCAUGCUCAAAGUAUAUUCAUUGUCUGCUUUUUAAUAUUUUUACCCAUCUACCAAUAGGUUCAGAUCUUUGGAUAACCUCCCUGGUCUUUGUGGUUGAAUCUGUGUUUGAAAUGUACUACUCAACUGAGGGACCUUACAGAUAAUUGUAUGUGUGGGGUAUAGAGAUGAGGUAGUCAUUCAAAAAUCAUGCUAAUCAUUAUUAUAGGACACAGAGUGAGUCCAUUCAACUUAUUAUGUGACUUGUUAAGCACAUUUUUACUCCUGAACUUAUUUAGGCUUGUCAUAACAAAGGGGUUGAAUAGUUAAGACAUUUCAGCUUUUCAUUUUGUAUUAAUUUGUAAACAUUUCUAAAAACAUAAUUUCACUUUGACAGUAUGGGGUAUUGUGUGUAGGCCAGUGACACACAAUCUCAAUUUAAUCCAUUAUAAAUUCAGACUGUAACACAACAAAAUGUGGGAAAGUAUGGGGUGUGAAUACUUUCGAAGGUAACUAGUGACAACCUUUAGCAAACGUUAGCUAAGUAGCUAGCUAGCUAAUGCUCGAGCUAGCAUGCAUGGGGUUGCUAGCUAACAUUAUAUAAAAUUGUCAAUGACUGAGAAAAUAUGUAAUUAUGAUAGCUAGGUCUAUUUAACCUGAAUGGAUAAUUAGUAACCUUACUCACCGUUUUCCAUCAGCCACAACGCCUUGUCCAUUUGUCAGUCGAAAAGUAAUUCCACUCAGCAUCGGCUGCACUGGUAGACUUGCUACAGUUGCAACAGUCCUCAAUCACAAGCUUCAAGAUAUCUUUGAUCUUCUGGAUUUGGUGGGAGAAUUAACCCACUCACUGCGUCAUUUCUCAAUAACCCAACAUCAAUAACCCAGCAUCUACAACCCAACCUUGCUCUUUUGAAAAAAAAACAACCCAACUUAGUGACUUUAAACUAGCAAAUGGGUCAUCCAAACAACCCAGCAUUUGUUUGAGUGUAUGGAAUAGGGUGCCAUUAGGACAUAACCCCUGACUUUGUAUUGCAGAUAGAAAUUGACAGCCAUUAAACCAACCCAAAGGCUCAUUAUGCUCUUUAUCUUUAAUAGGUUUUGUUGGUUGGUUUCUGUCAGGUGCUGGUGUGUGGGAUGUGCGUGUGUGGGUGCAUAUGUGUAUAUCUGGCAAGCAUACAGCAUGUGGCUGUGUUACGGUGUGCUUGUGUCCCCAUCUGUAACGUAUAAUUCUCACAGUGUUUUCUGCCACAGGCCUGGUCGUGGAAGGAGACAGUCUUGGAGUCAGGGACGUCUGGCCGAUACACCGUGGAGACGGUGAGCACAGAGGAGGGGGUCAUCUCCACCCUCACCAUGAGUAACAUCGUCCCUGCUGACUUCCAGACCAUCUACAACUGCACUGCCUGGAACAGCUUUGGGUCUGACACAGAGAUCAUUACACUGAAGGAACAAGGUACACAAACUCCCUUUGUACCACUUCAAUCAAUUCCUCAUUCAAUCAAUGGCGGAUGUGCAUAAAGAUGCCAGCUUUCAUGCACUUACCAUAAAUGCCUUGUUUGCUAAGUUCACCAUGUUAUAGCUUUCUCUCUGUUACUCUAAAGGGCAUCCGCACUGCGUGUUCUCUCAGAAUGUUUAUGCAGUGGACACGUGUGGUUUUGUCAAACGGUGUGGUCUGUGUUGGUACAUGUAUGUGGGUAGGCUGGUGGGUGAGAGAGUAUGUGUUUGAGACAGAGAUUUGGGAUCUGAGAGAAAGUGGGUAAAUUAAAGAGAGAGACGGAGAGAAGCAGAGAGUUUGUGUGUUUUGUGGAAGUGCACCUAUGCCUGGGAGAGUAAGGAUAUUGCCGUGAUUACUUCAAGCAUGAGGGCAAUGGCUUCGUGAUAAGCCUUUUACUUGGUUAAAUGUCAACAAUUUCAAUCUGUGAAAUUUUGUAAUGGCAUCCAAUUUGUAAUCUAAUUUACAACGCCUCAAUUGGUUACAGCUUCACAUAUGAUUUAUUUGAAAUAUUUAUUCUAAAUGAGAUGAUGUUCUCUCAUUUAUUUGCCCCUUUUUAUUAAGUCUCUUCCUUCUAAAGUGCUAAACUAUCUGUUUUCAUAGGGAUCGUGGAAAUGCCAAUUCUGUAACAAUUAAUUUCAAUGGAGGAUCUUACUAGAGGCAACCUUGCUCUUAAAGUGAAUUAAUUAACUAGACCUCGACUAGCCACAGGCUUAUACACUCAUCUUUAAGACAACUCAGUUCAACCAAUCAACCCCUGAAGCCUAUGAACUUAUUCACAACAUUUAGAAUACCAUUUGUUAUAAAGUGGUAUACCUCUCAGCCAUUUGAAGUAAAUGGGUGUCACGAGUGUCAGUGCUGUAAAUGGUAGUGUAAAAGGUUUUCAAAGUUUGCCAUUCGCGAGUCGUGUUUUCCUUUGCAUAGUUCAACAUACAGUACGUGUUAGCCUUAAUCUAUACAUUGAGUGUACAAAACAUUAGGAACACCUUCCUAAUAUUGAGUUUUACUGCCUUUUGCCCUCAGAACAGCCUCAAUUCGUCAGGGCAUGGACUACAAGGUGUCGAAAAAGCGUUCCACAGGGAUGCUGGCCCAUGUUGACUCCAGUGCUUCCCACAGUUGUGUCAAGUUGGCUGGAUGUCCUUUGGGUGGUGGACCAUUCUUGAUACACAAGGGAAACUGUUGAGCGUGAAAUACCCAGCAGCGUUGCAGUUCUUGACACACUGAAACCAGUGCGCAUGGCACCUACUACCAUACCACUUCAAUCUUUUGUAUUGCCCAUUCACCCUCUAUAUGGCACACAUACACAAUCCAUGUCUCAAUUGUCUUAAGGCUUAAAAAUCCUUAUUUAACCUGUCUCCCCUUAAUCUACACUGAUUGACGUGGAGUUAACAGGUGACAACCAAUAAGGGAUCAUAGCUUUCACCUGGAUUCACCUGGUCAGUUUACAGUGCAUUCGGAAAGUAUUCAGACCCCUUCCCUUUUCCCACAUUUUGUUACAUUACAAAUAAAAAACUAAAAUACCUUAUUUACAUAAGUAUUCAGACCCUUUACUUUGAGACUCGAAAUUGAGCACAGGUGCAUCCUGUUUCCAUUUAUCAUCCUUGAGAUGUUUCUACAACUUGAUUGGAGUCCACCUGUGGUAAAUUCAAUUGAUUGGACAUGAUUUGGAAAGGCACACACCUGUCUAUAUAAGGUCCCACAGUUGACCGUGCAUGUCAGAGCAAAAACCAAGCCAUGAGGUCGAAGGAAUUGUCUAUAGAGCUCUGAGACAGGAUUGUGUUGAGGCACAGAUUUGGGGAAGGGUACCAAAACAUUUCUGCAGCAUUGAAGGUCCCCAAGAACACAGUGGCCUCCAUCAUUCUUAAAUGAGUUUGGAACCACCAAGACUCUUCCUAGAGCUGGCUGCCCAGCCAAACUGAGCAAUCGGGGGAGAAGGGCCUUGGUCAGGGUUCCUCUGUGGAGAUGGGAGAAUCUUCCAGAAGGACAACCAUCUCUGCAGCACUCCACCAAUCAGGUCUUUAUGGUAGAGUGGCCAAACGGAAGCCACUCGUCAGUGAAAGGCACAUGACAGCCCGCUUGGAGUUUGCCAAAAGUCACCUUAAGACUCUCAGACCAUGAGAAAGAAGAUUCUCUGGUCUGAUGAAACCAAUGUUGAACUCUUUGGCCUGAAUGCCAAGUGUCAUGUCUGGAGGAACCUGGCACCAUCCGUACGGUGAAGCAUGGUGGUGGCAGCAUCAUGCUGUGGGGAAAUCUUUUCAGUGGCAGGGACUGGGAGAUUGGUCAGGAUCGAGGUAAAGAUGAAUGGAACAAAGUACAGAGAGAUCCUUGAUGAAAACCUGCUCAAGAGCACUCAGGACCUCAGACUGGGGUGAAUGUUCACCUUCCAACAGGAAAGCGACCCUAAGCACACAGCCAAGACAACGCAGGAGUGGCUUUGGGACAAGUCUAUGAAUGUCCUUGAGUGGACCAGUCAGAGCCCGGACUUGAACCUGAUUGAACAUCUCUGGAGAGACCUGAAAAUAGCUGUGCAGCGACGCUCCCCAUCCAACAUGACAGAGCUUAAGAGGAUCUGCAGAGAAGAAUGGGAGAAACUCCCCAAAUACAGGUGUGCCAAACUUGUAGCGUCAUACCCAAGAAGACUCGAGGCUGUAAUCGCUGCCAAAGGUGCUUCAACAAAGUACUGAGUAAAGGGUCUGAAUACUUAUGUAAAUGUAAUAUUUCAAUGAUUUAUUUUUAGCACAUUUGCAAAAAUUUCUAAAAAACUGGUUUUGCUUUGUCAUUAUGGGGUGUUGUGUGUAGAUUGAUGAGGGGGGAAAAAAACAAUUUAAUCAAUUUUUGAAUAAGGCUGCAACGUAACAACAUGUGGAAAAAGUCAAGUGGCCUGAAUACUUUCCGAAUGCACUGUAUGUCAGUGGUUCCCAACUCCGGUCCUCGAGUACCCCCAACAGUACACCUUUUACAUUUACAUUUACAUUUUAGUCAUUUAGCAGACGCUCUUAUCCAGAGCGACUUACAGGAGCAAUUAGGGUUAAGUGCCUUGCUCAAGGGCACAUUAACGUCAUUUAGCAGACGCUCUUAGCCAGAGCGACUCACAAAUUGGUGCGUUCACCCUAUAGCCAGUGGGAUAACCACUUUACAAUUUGGGGGGGGGGGGGGGGGGGGGGGGGGGGGGGGGGGGUUAGAAGGAAUACUUUAUCCUAUCCCAGGUAUUCCUUAAAGAGGUGGGGUUUCAAAUGUCUCCGGAAGGUGGUGAGUGACUCCGCUGUCCUGGCGUCGUGAGGGAGCUUGUUCCACCAUUGGGGUGCCAGAGCAGCGAACAGUUUUGACUGGGCUGAGCGGGAGCUAUGCUUCCGCAGAGGAAGGGGAGCCAGCAGGCCAGAGGUGGAUGAACGCAAUGCCCUCGUUUGGGUGUAGGGACUGAUCAGAGCCUGAAGGUACAGAGGUGCCGUUCCCCUCACUGCUCCAUAGGCAAGCACCAUGGUCUUGUAGCGGAUGCGAGCUUCAACUGGAAGCCAGUGGAGUGUGCGGAGGAGGGGGGUGACGUGAGAGAACUUGGGAAACUUUUGAUUGUAGCCCUGGACAAGUACACCUGAUUAAACUUGUCAACUAACCAUCAGGCCAUCAAUGAGUUGAAUCAGGUAUGUUUGUCCGGGGCGACAACAAAAAUGGUUCCCAACUCAAGUACUCGAGUUGGGAACAACUGGUAUUUGUCAUGGAAAGAGCAGUUCCUAAUGUUUUGUACACACAGUGUAUAUGACAUGAUGUAAGACUACUGUGGUUCAAAACAAUGUGUCCCUUGAUUUUUUUUCUUGCAUCAGCUGUGUGACACUGAUAGUCCAACUGCAUGACUGAACCACCUUGUACGGUGUCCAUAUUAGUAUGAUGUCCAUAUCAGCCUCAGUCUCAUCAGGACUCCUAAUAUAGACACCGUACCAAUGUCUUUCCUCCAUGUCUUCUCAGAGUCCCUCCGAUUGGCUGUAGUCAUAGGAGUGGCUGUGGGGGCCUUCCUUGCCCUUAUUGUCCUCAUGGGCACAUUGGGUGCCUUCUGCUGUGCCCGCUUCCAGAGGAGUAAGUGCAUUUUAAAACCCUAUGCUUUCUGGGACAGCCAAAGAGUUCAUUAGACACUCUUGGUUUCACGGUCAAAGGGUUUACUAUGCUCUGUAGUGCUUAAUAUGAGUCCCAUUGGUGUUAGGAUAUCAACUCAAAUAUAAGAAAUCCUUUGAGAUUACACAUUUGAUGGGACAUAAAUCUCAACCUGAAACUAUGGAAAUUCUAUUUCCCUCCCUUUAAAACAUAUCUAUUGCAAAAGUGCCCAUUUAAGGAUCCAAAAAGCUGAGAGUUAUCUGCAGCCAGACUCUAACAUAAUACGUAUUGCUUGACGCUGUCUUGCUCUAAAGCAAUAUCCUUAUCUGAUUUAAAGCCCAUCCUAUACAGUGGGGUGUAGAGAUACAGCGCAUAGAUAUCUGAUCAAUGUAGACGGUUGUUGUUGUUGUUGUUAUUUACAACAGAAGAUGUUCAGUGUAGAGAUACUGCACACAGAUAUUUGAUCAAUGUAGACGGUUGUUGUUGUUAUUGUUGUUGCUGUUGUUUACAACAGAAGACGUUCAGUGUAGAGAUACAGCGCAGAGAUAUCUGAUCAAUGUAGACGGUUGUUGUUGUUGUUGUUGUUGCUGUUGUUUACAACAGAAGACGUUCAGUGUAGAGAUACAGCGCAGAGAUAUCUGAUCAAUGUAGACGGUUGUUGUUGUUGUUGUUGUUGCUGUUGUUUACAACAGAAGACGUUCAGUGUAGAGAUACAGCGCAGAGAUAUCUGAUCAAUGUAGACGGUUGUUGUUGUUGUUGUUGUUGCUGUUGUUUACAACAGAAGACGUUCAGUGUAGAGAUACAGCGCAGAGAUAUCUGAUCAAUGUAGAUGGUUGUUGUUGUUGUUGUUGCUGUUGUUUACAACAGAAGACGUUCAGUGUAGAGAUACAGCGCAGAGAUAUCCGGUCAAUGUUAACUGCUGUUAACCAUGUUGUUGUUAUUGUUGUUUACCACAGAAGACGUUCACCUCGUCAUGUCCUCCCUACCCGUCUCCAUCUCCUCUUGCCAGAGAGACCUGGCAGGCAAAAUGAAAACCGAGAGUAAGUCACCUUUGUAUAUAGGUCCCUUCAAGAUACUGCGAUGGAUAUUUUGUUGUUGUUGCAAAAUCAACAAUUCCCUGCAUAUUAUGCGAGGGCUUGCUAAUUUGACCAAUCACUGCACCUUUUCCGCAUAAAUCAGUCAAAUCAUCGCAAUAUGUAAUAAAAAGAAGGCUCACAAUUUCAACCAAUCACUGCACAUUCACCGCAUAGGGUUCAAUCAAGCCACAAGUCAACAAAUGUUUUCCCUCUAAAGCACAUUUUCCCGAGAAAUUUGACAAAAUCAUUGCAUAUUGCCAUGCAAAAUGUCAAAACUGCCGCGGCAAAAAAUAAUAAUUGCGCGCAGAUAUCACACAAAACCCCAGCUAAAUCCUGGAGGGACUGGUAUAUGAUUGUUUAUGAUUUUACAAUGUCAGAGGCAGUCGAUAAAGCAAUUAUGUUUAUUUCACUAGUGCCAUGCAUACGUGUUACAUAAAUAUCCAUGUGAUUAAUGUCCAUGAAUGACAGUAGUCACUGCUGUCUGUUUAAGGAAUAAGGAGCCUGCCAACAUAAGGAUAUGAUUGUACAGUAUAUGAUUAUCACCAAUUUCAGUGACACUCUAGUAUGCAGUCAGUGCCCUAUGUAAGGUCUAUAACACAUAAAUAAGCAGCACGACACCUUUAUAAUCUAAACAUUCAUAACUGCUUCAAGCUCCCAUCAAGAUAUCUGAUCAGCUUUUGACGCCGCUCGAAUGUGGUAUGAUCCAGUGCCAGUCAACUUAUGUCAGUGGUGCCCAUCAGUUUCCCUGUCUCUUUCCAGAUCUCAAAGGAGUGGUUUUGGCAAAAAACGACAUCCGGGUGGAGAUUGUUCACAAGGAUCACAACGCAGCUCAGGAAACAGAGGAGCAUACAGCCAUCAAGCAGAUAAUGGUGAGUUGAAUGCUAUUCUACCUCAUCUCUCCUCGCUGCAUGUAAUUUGCGAGUCCAUCGAUACACACUGUAUGUAGUACAUCAGAAUCAAUUGGAAAUGUUCUAAUCGACAGUUAAUUGAAGAGCACUUUUCAUUCUACAGUACAUCUACAGGUUUAGGAUCUUAAUUUGAGCCAGUAUCCUAAAAACAGCAGGAAAAUAUUCCUGCAGCAACAGGAAAUGUGAGUUAUUAUGUGGAUUAUAAUUAAUGGACAUUUUUGUAGGAGUUGAUACAUUUUCCGUAAGGUAAAAUCAAGUCUGAAAUUUCAAAGUGGAAAUUACAAACUUUAGAAGCCUUUUUAAACUCAAAUUUUUCUUUUAAGAUCAUAUAUCUGUAUACAUCUAACAGACUUGCUGCAAACACAGGAACCAAGAGAGCUCAAUUAGACAUGGCAUUUUACUCGGGGAUGUAGUGUUAAAAAAGAAAAGUGGGUAAACCCUGUAAUCUCUCCGAGAUGGACAACCAUGCUUAUUUAGUGUAAAUAGGCACUUAAAUACUAUUAACUAAAUAAAAAGGUGCGUAAACAGUGUUGCAUGUGUUUACCCUCCACUACAUCCCUAAUACUACAUGAAUAUCAAACGGCCUGUGAGUGACAUGUCUGCCCCCUUGGUGUCUCAGAAUGAGCGAGGGGAGUUCCAGGCGCAGGAGUCUGUGCUGAAGCAGCUGGAGGUCCUACAAGAGGAAGAGAAGGAGUUCCAGCACAUUAAGGUGGGCACAGAAACAGGAAUAAAGGAGGCAGUGAUAUAACAUUAGUCCUAAAAUGUACACCGAAUAAGGUGGGCACAGAGCCAGGCAUACAGGGGGCAGUGAUACAACAUUAGUUGAAAUGUCCUAAAAUGUACACCAUUGUGUAUUUCAAGGAGGAACAUGUAUUAUAUUCAGUUAGUACUCCUAUUCUGUUUGUUAUUUUUCACAAAGAAUGACUCUUUGUUUUUCUGCUUAGAUGUAAGGAAUGUUAGUUAUUUUCUGCAUAAGCAUCUUUCUUUUGACACAAAACCCACCGCUGGUGUGUGUGGCCAAAGAGCUCUAUUUUCAUGUCAUUUGACAAUAGCACUGGUUCCAAUCAAAGUGCCAAUGCUGUUUAGCAAACUCCAGGCAUUUACAUUUGUUGGAUUUCAUAAAAAUAAAUAUCUUUGCCCACACACACCAGUGGUGGGUUUGGCGUGGAAAGAAGGAAGCAUAUGCAGAAAAGUACCUCAUACCGACUGUAAAAUAUGGUGGUGGAUCUUUGAUGUUAUGGGGCUAUUUUGCUUCCACUGGUCCUGGGGCCUUUGUUAAGGUCAACGGCCUCAUGAACUUUACCCAGUACCAGGAUAUUUUAGCCAAAAACCUGGUUGCCUCUGCCAGGAGGCUGAAUCUUGGCCGCAAGUGGAUCUUCCAGCAAGACAAUAACCCCAAGUACACCAAAAUCCACAAAGAAAUGGUUAAUUAACCACAAAAUAAACAUUUUGCAAUGGCCAUCUCAGUCUCUGGACUUGAACCCCAUUGAAAACCUGUGGUUUUGAAUUGUUUGAGGGCAAUCCAUAAGCACAGACAAAGGAUAUCAAUGAUAUGGAAAUAUUCUGUAUGGAGGAAUGCGCUAAGUUCCCUUCCAAUGUGUUCUUCAAUCUUAUAAAACAUUUUAGAAAAAUGCUCAGUGUCGUUAUCCUCGCAAGGGGAGGGUGCUAAGGUAUUGAAAACAGGGGAUCCAAUAAUUGUAUUUGUUAUGCUCCUCUUUCUCUGAGCAAUUGUAUUAGUAUAAAAUUAUAUUAUUCUUGUUUGUUAGUCAUACAUCACAGCUCAGUAUUUAUAUUUAUUUUAUACAAUCUUUUUUGCUCAUCUUUAUCAAGGGAUCCAAUAAUUUUGGACCCCACUGUACAUAAUCAAGUAUGAUAUGUGGGAUGAAAGAUUAAUCCUAAUGCAUUAAGAGGUCACCAUCAUUAUUGUGAUGGCUGUUCAGUGGUCUGUAAUUGACAUACUAAAAUGUGUGCUCUACUGCAGUAUCAAGCAUUAAAGGGUUAGUUCACAUAAAACACUCUUUUCUUUUUACUUUGGGUAUUGUCAGUUCAUCUAGACAUUUAAGACCAUUAGCUGGUUAUGUAAGUAAUGUCCAGCCUCUCCUGGCUAGCAUUUAUGGACAUGCUAAUGGAAACAGAUGGACCCAGCAAGCACAGUAUUGACAAGAGUGUGAAAAUAGCAUUUUUCUUUAAUCAGGUCCCUUCCACUCGAUUCACAUCUCUUUCCAUCAGCAUUGCUCAAACUGUCUGAACGAAUUGACAGCAGCCUAGGUAAGUCGGAAAAUAGGAUACAACUUUAUUAUAGAUUAACUAUCCCUUUAAGUACGGAUAUGCAAUAUAAUUUGGGAUAUUGGAAACUUCCACUUUCAAAAGCUUAAUUUAAGCCCAUUCCAUGACAUCUUUGAACCUGGACUCUGACUCUUAUCCGUGAGGCUACCCCUUCUCCAUCUCCCAGGUCAGAUAAGUUAUCCGCUGAUAUAUUCUCAUAAACCUUCCUCUUCCUCGGCUAAUUAAAUUCCCACCCUUGAGAUUAUGCUGCUUGGAGUACCAUCCCUUUUAUCUUGCCAUCCCUAAUAGUUAUUUGCAAUUUCCCCCAGCCUAAAGUGCAGACAAAGAUACAGUAUCUGCUAGCUCUGACAGCAAAUUUAGUAUUUUUCCCCCUUUGGAAUGUCGGCAGGCAAAGUCUAUCUCCGUCUUCCAGGAAUCGAACAAUCAUUUAAUUUCAAGAAAGGAAAUGGAGUAACAUAGAGAGGGCAGGGGAAAAAAAAAAAAAACGCUUUAAACACAUAGGCCGUGGCUGAAAAUAAACUGUUGUGGCAAUUUUUCGACAUACAGUAUGUUGCUCCCACAUGUGAAAUCAUCAAGGCCAUUUAAUUGGCUGAUAACAGGAUUUAUUUGCCUUCGUGGGAGAUGACAAUUUCACAACCCGAAAGCAUGUAAUCUAUUUUUCACAUGUUCGCACGCAUCAGCCUGUUUCUUUGUUUUCCCAUCAUUCUAAUAAAUAGCAGUUCAUUUGGAUGUGACUGACCUUGGUCACAAUAAGGCAAGCAUUUGAAUACAUGAGCAACAAUGGGUGUCACAGCUUGAGACCACCUAGGAUUAGGGCAUAAAUACCUGUUGAUGAAGCCUGAAAUAGAAGUCAAGUUUAUACUCUUCUUAUGCACUCCGGGGUGAAGUUUCCCCUACGUAUGGAGAAAAGAAAUGUAUGCACUCACUAACUGUAUGUCGCUCUGGAUAAGAGCGUCUGCUAAAUGACUAAAAUGUAAAUGUAAAAUGUACAGAUCUACGAUCAACUUCCCCUUUACCAUUUCUUACCUUAACCAUUAGUGUGGGAACAUAUAUAUUUAUAACCGAAACAACGCACAUAUUAUUAAAGCCAGGAUAACUGUUCCCGGUUGAAAUGAAAGUAAAUGACUGGAUCAUCAAAAGAGGACUGGAAGAAAUUAGAUGUUGCUCUUUCAAACUGUAAUCAUCAAUCUUUUUGUGAGUUAUCUUUAUAUUUAUUUUUUAUUUAACCUUUAUUUUAGGCAAGUCAGUUAAGAACAAAUUCUUAUUUAUGAUGACUGCCUACCAAAAGGCAAAAGGCCUCUUGCGGGGACAGGGGCUGGGAUAAAAAAAUAGGAAAUGUAGGACAAAACACAAAUCACAACGAGACACCACAACACUACAUAAAAAGAGCCCUAAGACAACAACACAGCAUGGCAGCAACACAUGACAACACAGCAUGGUAGCAACACAACAUGACAACAACACGGUAGCAACACAACAUGGCAGCAGCACAACAUGGCAGCAGCACAACAUGGUAGCAGCACAAAACAUGGUACAAACAUUAUUGGGCACAGACAACAUCACAAAGGGCAAGAAGGUAGAGAAAACAAUACAUCACACAAAGCAGCCACAACUGUCAGUAAGAGUCUUUGAAUGAAGAGAUGGAGAUAAAACUGUCCAGUUUUAUUUAAUUUUUUCAGCUAGUUCCAGUCGCUAGCUGCAGCGAACUGAAAAGAGGAGCGACCCAGGGAUGUGUGUGCUUUGGGGACCUUUAACUAAAUGUGACUGGCAGAACGGGUGUUGUAUGUGGAGGAUUAGGACCGCAGAAAGUAUCUCAGACAGGGGGGAGUGAGGCCUAAGAGGGUUUUAUAAAUAAGCAUGAACCAGUGGGUCUUGCGACGGGUAUACAGAGGUGACCAGUUUACAGAGGAGUAUAGAGUGCAGUGAUGUGUCCUAUAAGGAGCAUUGGUGGCAAAUCUGAAGACCGAAUGAUAAAGAACAUCUAGCCGCUCGAGCGCACCCUUACCUGCCGAUCUAUAAAUUACAUCUCCGUAAUCUAGCAUGGGUAGGAUGAUCAUUUGAUUCAGGGUUAAUUUGGCAGCUGGGGUGAAAGAGGAGCGAUUACGAUAGAGGAAACCAAGUCUAGAUUUAACCUUAGCCUGCAGCUUGGAUAUGUGCUGAAAGAAAGACAGUGUACCGUCCAGCCAUACUCCCAAGUACUUGUAUGAGGUGACUACCUCAAGCUCUAAACCCUCAGAGGUAGAAAUCACACCGGUGGGGAGAGUGUCAUUCUUCUUACCGAACCACAUGACCUUUGUUUUGGAGGUGUUUCACAACAAGGUUAAGGGCAGAGAAAGCUUGUUGGACACUAAUAAAGCUUUGUUGUAGAGCGUUUAAUACAAAAUCCGGGGAGGGGCCAGCUGAGUAUAAGACUGUAUCAUCUGCAUAUAAAUGGAUGAGAGAGCUUCCUACUGCCUGAGCUCUGUUGUUGAUGUAAAUUGAGAAGAGCGUGGGACCUAGGAUUGAGCCUUGGGUUACUCCCUUGGUGACAAGCAGUGGCUGAGACAGCAGAUGUUCUGACUUUACACACUGCACUCUUUGAGAGAGGUGGUUAGCAAACCAUGCCAAAGACCCUUCAGAGACACCAAUACUCCUUAGCCAGCCCACAACAAUGGAAAGGUCUACCAUAUCAAAAGCCUUCGCCAAGUCAAUAGAAAUAGCAGCACAACAUUGCUUAGUAUCAAGGGCAAUGGUGACAUCAUUUAGGACCUUUAAGGUUGCAGUGACACAUCCAUAACCUGAGCGGAAACCAGAUUGCAUACCAGAGAGAAUACGAUAGACAUCACCAAAGCCAGUCAGUUGACUAUUGACAAGUUUUUCCAACACUUUGGAUAGACAUGGCAAAAUAGAAAUUGGUCUAUAACAGUUAGGAUCAGCUUGAUCUCCCCUUUUAAAUAAAGGAAGCACCGUGGCUGCCUUCCAAGAAAUGGGAACCUCGCCAGAGAGGAGAGACAGGUUAAAAAGGUCCGAGAUAGGCUUGGCGAUGAUAGGGGCUGCAACCUUAAAGAAGAAAGGAUCUAAACCAUCUGACCCAGAGGUUUUUUGGGGGGUCAGGUUUAAGGAGCUCGUUUAGCACAUCAGACUCAGUGACCACCUACAGGGAGAAACUUUGUAGCAGGGCAGGGGAAAAAGAGGGAGGAGCAUCGGGGCUAGUCACAUUAGAAGGGCUGGGAGAUGAGGACAUGUUGGACGGGCAAGGAGGCAUGGCUGAGUCAAAUAGGAAUCCUGACUUAAUGAAGUGGUGAUUAAAGAGCUCAGCCAUGUGCUCCUUGUCAGUAACAACCACAUCAUCAACAUUAAGGGACAUGGGCAACUGUGAGGAGGAGGGUUUAUUCUCCAGGUCUUUAACCGUUUCCCAGAACUUCUUGGGGUAACUAACUUUAGCCUUCUGGAUAUCCUGAGAGCACGUAUUUCUCAUUUGUCAGCCUGAGUAUGCGUGUGCCGAGCCUUUCGCCAAAUGGAAUUCUUGAAGUGGAGUAACUCUGCCAGAUCACGGUCGAACCAGGGGCUGAACCUGUUUUUAAUUCUCAUUUUCUUUAUGGGGCCGUUUGUUAACAAUACCACUGAAAAUAUCAAAAAAGAAGGUCCAAGCAUCUUCGACAGAGGGAAUCAAGCUGAUUCUAUACCAAUUUACAGAGGCCAGGUCAUGAAGGAGGGAUUGCUCAUGAAAGGUUUUUAUCAAGCGUCUAUGACAAUUCAGGACAGGUCGUUUAACUGAGCAACCAUUAUGAACACAGGCUGUAAAACAGUGAUCACUAAGGUCAUUACAGAAAACACCAGAAUAAUACCUAUCAGGAUUAUUUGUGAGAAUAACAUCAAGGAGAGUAGCCUUUUCUGGGUGUUGGCAUCCAUACCUUGUGGGAUUGGUAAUAAUCUGAGAAAGAUUUAGGGAGUCCCGUUGCUUUAGCACUUGGUCAGGUGGUUUAAGUAUGUCCCAGUUUAGGUCACCUAGCAGGAGAAAUUCAGACUUAGUGUAAGGGGCCAGGAGAGAGCUUAGGGCAGGUAGGGUGCAGGCCGGUGCUGAUGGUGGACGAUAACACCCAACAACAGUCAACAAAGAGCUAUUUGAAAGCUUAAUGCUUAAAACCAGCAAAUCAAAUUGUUUGGGGACAGACUUGGUGGAGACAGAAGAUCACUGAAGGUGUUCCUUGGUAAAGAUUGCCACUCCACCACCUUUGGAAGAUCUGUUUUGCCAAAAAAGGUUAUAACCGGAAAGGUUAACAUCAGUGUUCAACACACUCUUUCUUAACCACAUCUCAGUAAUGACCAACACAUCUGGAUUGGAGCUGUGAACCCACACUUUCAAUUGAUAGAUUUGAGGUAAUAAGCUUCUAAUGUUAACGCGCAGAAAACCCAGGCUUUUACAAGAGCAUAAAUCAGGGAAACAGAAAACAUCAAAGCACUAGUCAGAAUUGGGGCUAGCAACAGUAGAUGGGCCUGGGUGUACAUACACAUUUUCACGGCAGAGGACAGGGAGAGCUCUGCAGUGUUGAUUUUUUUAUGACAUUUGAAUGUUUAUCAGAUGGUAGCAAGAUCAUAUUGUACAGAAAUGUCAUCAGGUAACAUGAAUACAAAGCCGGCGAGAGGUGGUUAGAAUAGGAUGGGAGGCAAAGAGUCAGAGUAAACAAUAGAGAGUCAGAGUCGCGAGUGUGGGAACAAACAUUGUCUGUCCCACGGUCGGGUAAACAAGCAAGUUCAUGGUCAACAAAGCAUGCAGGAGUAAUGGUGCAAAUAGCAUAAAGCAUAAGAAAAAAAUAAAACCACUCUUGGCUAGCCAUUGUCAGUUCAAAGAAUCACUUGCCCCAACAAGAUAACUUGAGAGAGUAGCUCUCUAUGAGUCGAGUAGGCUAUACAAAUCUGAGAUAUAUAAAUAGCAGGCCUACACUAGUUAAUUAAAGCAUUUCUGAGUAAAGCUCCCAUAACAAGAUUAACAAGUUAAUUAGCCUACAUAAAAUUCUGAUCAGUCCAAAAUCUGCAAUGUGUGUGUAUGUGCGUGUGUGCUGGAGGCGAGCGAAAGCUCGGGGAAGAUGGGGGAGUGUGGUGGGGGUACCUGUACCAGACAGGGGGAGACAGGCCAGGGCAGAUGAGGAACAGAUCGCCGGGUGGGAUCCAAGCAGCAGGCAACGGGAAUAGGUGUCACACACGCUUGGGAUAAGCUUUUUCGGGAGGCUGAGUAGGAGAGGAGGUGUUCAACCUUACCAGACAGGUGGGUGGUAGAGCAGAUCAAAGCGUCCGAAGCGUAAAGCUUGUUGAAAAACCGUGGUAAAGUUGGCUUGAGUUUCAAUAUUUGCCAGACGUGUGGAUAUUCUACACGCAACACCGUUUGGUGUUGUUUAGUUUAGGUGUCUUGCUCCAAUCCCACACAAUGCUUCUCUUGAUCAGACACUAGACCUGAGCAACUAGUGGCCCUCUGCAAUACUGAAAGGUUUCCCAAGGUAAGCGAAGAUGGGAAAAAGCUGAUUUAUUUUCCUAGUAAGUUGCAAACUGCUGUAGCAAAAUAACUUCAAUUUAUUGGCAAGAUGCAUUUCAUUGCUAUCACUAUUGUGCCCAAUGAGAAAAUUAGAUAGGAACGGCUAUCUGAGAUGUUCUUUGGCUAACAAUGACCAAUUCGAUUGCGAUCACAAUAACUACCAAAAUAGUAACUGCACUGACAUGCUUUCUCCUGUCCUUAUACUAAAUUAACACCUCCCUUUGUGUCUUUGUCCCCUCUCCUCCACAAGGAUCCAACCAAUGGCUAUUACAGUGUCAAUACCUUCAAGGCGCACCAUGGCACCCCGACUAUGCCAAUGGCCGCCAACCAGACCAGCGGCACUGAGGUACGGAACCCUUCGGCUUCUUCUUCAUCCACCAUGGGCAAACAACGCGUGCCUACGGGCAUGUCCUUCACCAACAUCUACAACACGCUAGGUGCUGGGCCCAACCGCCUGUACGACUACAGCCAGCGCUUCGUGCUGGGCAUGGGCAGCAGCUCUAUCGAGCUGUGUGAGCGCGAGUUCCAGCGGGGAUCGCUUAGUGACUCCAGCUCCUUCAUCGACACGCAGUGUGACAGCAGCGUGAGCAGCUACAGCAAGCAGGACGGCUAUGUGCAGUUCGACAAGGACAGCAAGGCCUCGGCCGCCUCCUCCUCCUCCCACUACUCGCAGACGUCCUCGCAGAACUCUGACCUGACGCGGCCGCUGCAGAAACGCAUGCAGACCCAUGUGUAA